AUGAAAUACCACUUUUUGGGUGGCAUGAUGUCUCCGGUGUCUACAGCAGUCUCAAUCGUCGCCACAGGCGCCAAUGCCCAAACCACAACCACAGCAGCUGCAGUAGCCACUACCAUGACAACUAUGUUCACGUCGACAUUGGGUACAAUCAUCCAACAACAGACGGUACCAAGCCCUACUACCAUCCUUCCCCCGGCAUCAAAAACAGCACCAGAGGCAGCACCCGGCGGUGCAACAUCACCCAGGCCAUUUUUGUCAGAGCCGUACGCCUCUGCCAUCACUUUAUUUGCAGCCAUCACAACCAUCAUCUACUUCUUCUUCUACCUCAUCCCCUUCGAUAUCAUGGGCAUAUGCCAAUUUUCUCGACGCGUCAAAAAGAGACAAAGGAAACUUGCCGAGAAGCGGGAGAAACGAGAGGCAAAGAGGGAGCAAGUCGUCGAGAGGCGAAGAAAGGAUGUGCAAAUCACCGAAACGCACGCCUACCGGGUUCAUCAGAUUCUGGAUUCCGAGAGGCAGACCAACGCUCAGAUCCUCACUUGGGAGGAAAGCAAGAGGAUGAGGGAAACCAUGGAAAAGAUGGCGAAUACUAUGGAGACGGUGGUGAGGGCUGUAAAGGGGCUGGAGGGGGUAUUUCAAGUUGGCUUAGAAGCAGUAGAGGAUAGGACUAGGGCUCUUGAUCACAAGGUGGACUGGAUGCUGGACGAUUACCUGGCUGAGAACGAUAGAUUUCACGCUCUUAAGUCAUCCUGGGGUGGAGAUAUCGUAGAGAGCCGGAUCAUUGUGGAAGAAUUCAAUUGGGAGGAGAAACAACAGCCCUGGUAG